AUGCCCGCAGUCAUGGAUGGCGUUCCGGCUCAGACUGCUCUUUCGGAGCCCGAGAAGAUCCCGGACGACCAAGAGAUCGACUUUGUGACUUUUGGGAUGCUGAUCAUCGACGUCAUCGAGUUCCCCCCGCCGCAGCCGGCGGCGCGCGACGUGCUGGGCGGCGCCGGCACCUUUGCGGCCCUAGGCGCGCGGGUCCUCUCGCCGGGGGGCGGCCACCCCCCGCGGUCCCGGACGGUGGGGUGGGUGGUGGACCGGGGCGGCGACUUCCCCGCCGCGGCCGACGGCGCCAUCGCGUCGUGGCGGACCUCGGCGCUCGUGCGCGACGACCCCUCCCGCCGGACCACGCGCGGCUGGAACGGCUACGACGACCCGGCCGACCCGGGCCGCCGCUCGUUCCGUUACGCCACCCCGAAGCUCCGCCUGACGCCCGCCGACCUGGCCGCGUGCCCGGCGCUGCUGCGCGCCCGCGCCGUGCACGUCAUCUCGAGCCCCGCGCGGUGCCGCGACGUGGUCACGGCGCUGUCGUCGCUCCGACGAAGGGCCAUGGGCGACGAUUAUACCCGCCCGCUGGUCAUCUGGGAGCCGGUGCCGGACCGGUGCGGGCCCGACGAGCUGCUCGAGCUGACAAACACGCUCCCGCUCGUCGACGUCUGCAGCCCCAACCACGCCGAGCUGGCGGCGCUCAUGGGCGACGUCGGCCCCGGCGCCGGCCUGACGCCCGAGGGGGACGUGGACGCGGCCGCCGUCGAGCGCGCGUGCGAGCAGCUGCUGGCGUCGAUGCCGCUGUCGAGCUUCGCCGUCGUGGUCAGGGCCGGGCCGAAGGGUUGCUACGUCGCGAGCAACGGCGGGGGGAGGAGGGGGAGGAGAGGGAAAAGCAAGGGCGAGAACAAAAACGGAGGGAAGGAAGAGGAGGAGGAGCAGCAAAGGCCAAAAAAGCAAAAGAAAAAGCCGGCGACGGCAGCGCCCCUCCAGCGCGGCGGCCUCCAGCCCGACACGGACAUGCUGGCGCUCUUCGCCGGCCUGAUGCAGGAGCCCGACGGCUCCGUGGCGCGCGACUUUGACGACGAGCCCGACCCUGGCAUCGAGCGGUGGCUGCCAGCCUAUUUUGGAAGCGAGACCACAACAACAACCACAACAACAACAACAACAACAACAAAAGAAGAAGAAGGAGAGGACGGGGACAACAGGCCGGAGGAGGAGGAAAAGAAGAAGAAGCAAGAGACCCCAUCCGCCGCCGUGGUCGACCCCACGGGCGGCGGCAACGCCUUCCUGGGCGGCCUGGCCGUCGCCAUGGCGCGCGGCCGCCCCGUCGAGGACGCCGCGCUGUGGGCCACCGUCGCCGCCAGCUUCGCCAUCGAGCAGGUCGGCGUGCCCGUGCUGGCCGUCGGCCCCGACGGCGAGGAGACCUGGAACGGCGUGCGGGUUGGGGACAGGGUGGCCGAGUACUUUGGGCGGCUAGGCGUCAUUCCCGAGGGCGUUCUUUGAAUUUUGUUGUCUGUUUUUUUUUUGUUCAAAAUGCCUUUGUCUCGAGUAAAAAGUUUGUCAUGUUUUGUUUUCCUGCAUUUUGUUCUUUUGGCCGUCAUAACGUUGUGAGCCGGGUCUGGAGUUGGGGCGCGAUGGGACUGCGUGGCGCUAGAAGAUAGACGACAAGACACGCAUGCUAAAUGCCAAUAUAAAACCAAGCCAUGUCAACAGACGAUACAUGGUUAGCAUACAACAUUUCUCCUUGUCACGUCUGCCAGCUGGGUAUUAUCUACAAAAGAUCCGGGCUCGGCAGCCCAAAACACCGCCUUCCC